UGAUAUGGUUGGCGGUGAGAAUGACGCUCGUAGGCCCAGGCAGACAUUUUAUGAAGAAUUUAAUGAUGACUCCACAGAACUCAAGCACAAGGAAGGGAACAGACAGGACUAUUUGCGUGUCAGUGAAGUUAAAGAAACUCCUCGGUUCAGACAUAAUGGAAUACACUGUGACUCCCUUGAAGGAAGAACGCCACUCAGCAUUUUAUAUUGAUCAGAUUCUGGGUUUGGAUCAGGAAAACUCUGGGAAGAAUCUAAAACUACACCGACCCUGGACAGAACUUGGAGCAGAGAUGGGGAAGAGAGAGAAAAGUUUCUGCUGUAAACAAAACAUUUGUUAUCAAGCUCCACUGCAAAACCAAACUGGACCCAAACUAAGCUGGUAUACUGGACGACGGCCGCGCACAGCCUUCAGCAGCAGCCAGGUGAAUGUUCUGGAGAUGGUGUUCCAGGUCGACUGCUAUCCAGGGAUCCAGCUGAGGGAGCAGCUGGCAGGGAGGCUGGACCUGGACGAGGACCGAAUCCAGAUCUGGUUCCAGAACCGACGAGCAAAAUUGAGGCGUUCACUCAGAGAGACCCGACUGCAGCUGGUUCAGACGGCCAUGAUGGAGCUGAAGAUGAGGCCGGAGGCUGGACACCGCCCAGAGGAGCGUCACCUUCCUCCUCCUCUUCACUGUGAUGCAGAGUAUGAGGAGUGAUCAAGUUCUCACUGUCUGCAGAAGGUGUUCAUCUUUGCAUUAAUAUUCAUCUGCAUAAUUUUCUGAAAACCUCUCUAAACUCCAGGGAAAUUACUAAGAAUUGCAGAAUGUAAAUGGCUGUUUUAUAUUGUUUUAUUUGUCCAAUAUCACAAUUUACAAGGAAUGCGAACUGGUCUUAUAUCAAAGCAGGAAUGAUUUGAGCUGAUAAAAACUUGAUAGUUUGAAGAAUAUUUUGUGAACCGUUAUUUCUCAGUUUGACAACUCAAUGUAUCAGACCUUCCGAGUAGCUGUGUACUAUUGAAUUUAUUAGGAAUAAAAAUACUUAACAUGUUAACAUCUGUGUUUUUAUCACACAUUGAUUUUCGUCUACACCGUCUUUGCUAAAGAAUGAGACAAUAACUGCUUGACACAUGACAUUUUCAAUAAUAUUAAAACAUUUACUGUCAAAAUGAGGCAUUAUGAAAUAUUUUUCUCACUGUGAAGCAAAAGAAAGAGCAGAGUGUGUUAGUGCACAUAAUGUAGGAUCUUCUAAAGCACCUGUGUCAAACUAAAGGCCCAUGGGCCAAAUCUGGCCUGCCUUAGCUUUUUAUGUAGCCCUCUAUAUUCUAGACUAAACACUAAGUAUGCUUAAAUAUUAUGUUUUCGAUCAAAUCAA